UUACUACUAAUCCAAAAUGUAUUGAGAUCCUAAGAUCUGAUUCAUUUCGAUAGCACAGCAAAGCAAAAUUAGAACAUAACUUUGGUUUUCUGGACCAUAAGUCCAUGAUAUCGCCAGCAACAGGUGCAAUUAUUUUCAUCACGUUUGUGGAUGAUGCAAAAAUCAGUUGAUACUUGAGUUCAUUUGCUAAGAAAUCCGAAAACAUGUCCGUCAUUCAUAUCUUGGGAGGUAUCAAAGCUGAACCAAAAGAGGUGUUAGAAGUUGAGAUAGAAGAAAUUACUGAAGAUGAUCUAGUGGACAGUGAAAACUUGGACAACAAUAUAGAGACAAAGUCCUUGAUAACGCCUUCAAUUAAUAUUAUUUCUAAAGAAGAAGUUCUGGCUGAAGUAAAUGAGGCCAAUCAAAAAGUCGUUAAAACAGUUGCAAAAGAGAAGGAAGUUACUAAGAGACGGCUAGUCAAGGAACCUGUAUCUGAGCAGUUAAUCCUAAAUUAUACUUCUCAUAACUCCAACAGGGUACAAGAACAUGAAUUGGAAAUAGAUGAAGAUGGCUUAUAUAGUUGUCUCUACUGCAGUUACCGACAUGAAAAAAAGACAUAUGCUAUGAAGCAUAUAGUCAACAGGCAUCGGCCCAAGCAAAAAUGUCCCCACUGUCCGUUCGAGACCAUAACAAACAAACUCAUGAAGGUGCACAUGCGGAAACACGACUACCCCAAUAGAUGCAAGCAGUGCGACUUCAGGACGGAAUCGAGGCCGGAGAUGAUCCGACACAUUUUGGAGUCUCACCAGAAAUUCGUUUGCGAGAAAUGUCCGGACGGAUGCGGGAAAUGUAAACUGCGGAACCAGACUCGGUGCGAGUUUAUAGACGUCUACGGCCUUAAAUCUCACAUAUUGUGCGUUCAUACCCCUGCGGAGCAAAUCGAUUGGUUCCAUUGCGCUCAGUGCGACUCGAAGUUCAAAAAAAAGGCAUCGCUCACGAAGCACAUCAGGGAAGUGCACAGUUUUUCGGAGUACGAGUCGUGCGACGUGUGCAAUAAAAAAUUUUCGUCUCGAAAUAGAAUGAUAAAGCAUAAACAUCGUGUCCACAAGAAGAAGGCCUUCAAGUGCAACCAAUGCGAUUUCUCUGUGUUUUCCAAGACUUGCUUUAUCAAUCAUAUGAUGCGACACGGAAACUUGGACGAAGUGGAAGACUUGAAAUGCAAUGUUUGUAACUACACCACCAAGUUUGAGUCCUUAUUGAAAGCUCACAUGAAGAAAACGCAUUUGAGCCAGAGAGUUCAGUGUGAAUAUUGCGCGUUCCAGACCAACAACAAAAACAUAUUAAAGCUGCACUUGAUAAGCAAGCACGACAGGAAAGACGGGCCGUGCUAUAAGUGCAAACAUUGCGAUUAUCAGACGCACCGAUUGCAUACUUUAAGAAUGCACGAGCUGAAACACAAGAAGCCCGACGAAUUGGAAUACUUUUACUGUUAUCACUGCCCGUUUAAGGCGACCCGCAAGGAUAACUUGAAAGUGCAUAUUUUCAAGCACGACGCUUUCAGGCAACGGUACAUAUGUUAUAUUUGCAAUUACACCGCCAACUCGAAAUUUCUUCUCAUCAAGCAUAUCGACAAACACUCGCGCGACACGAACGGCUCCGAAUCGGUGAAAGUUAAAACGUCAAAAAAAUAAUGGGAGUUAUUAGGAUACAUCCGGAUAUUAACAAAACCGACGAAAAUAUUUUUCACAAAUUCUUUUUGUUUUUCAACUUCAACAAAUGUAACCAAAGCCUUAACCAAUUCGCAGAGGGCGCACUAUGUUUUGGUGGCAUGUGAAGCUGGAAGUGGGCGGCUCAGAUCGAGGUCCACAAAUCUACUACUAGAGUCGGAAUAGUUAAAGAUCUGGUUUGGUAUAUGGUGGGUUAAAAAGAGUUGAGGUGGACAAGCAUAAUGUUUACCGGAAACUGGGGUGACUUCGUGAUAGAUUUGGCAAUUUUUGUCGAUAACGGAAUUACGUUUUAUAGAAAUAAAAUAUCUGACGCUUAAGAAAUGAGGCUACACAGAAUCUCAACUCUUAAAAUUAACAAAAAAAAUACUCACAAAAAUUCUUGUCACAAUUUGACCCCACUCAACAGGGUUUUUACUACUAAACAGGCAAAACCAAAUAAUUUGAAACUUACAGCACAUUAAAUAAUUAUUUUUACCAAAAAACAUUGAAAUGCAAUGAAAUAUUUGUCUACGAGACGAGAUUUGCAAUGACUUAUUGAUUUUGUUCUGAACAGAAAACUCCUUCGAGAUUUGUCCUUUCUGUCAGGCCAUUAAGACAAACCUCAUUUUCCUUCCUUCCAAGGAGAGUGACCACGUCAGGAAAAAAAUUGCCUUCAUAGCGUAUGAUAACAUAAUUUCCAACCUUUAUCAUCAUCAUCGUCAACCACUGAUCUAGUCGCAUACAUACAUGCUACAUAAACUGAAGCAAUCUCUACUGCCGCAUUUCCAGCUAGCAUCAGGGAAGUACAUGCUUUGGUGGAUUUUUGAGUUGCUCCGGAUAUUUUGUGCCACGUUUCAUAAGCACUCUUCACUUCAUCAUCCAGAUUCCUUUCACCAUGAUUCCAUAUAUUGGCCGGAACAACAUCCUGCAACUCAGUCUGCAGAUUGUCAAAGAACUGGUUUAUAACUUCGCAAUCCACCAGCUUAUCAGGUCUCCCUAUGUAUACGCCAAGGUCUGAAUGUUUGUUAUCGUUUGUUCUGUACUCGACAAAGUAUCACAAAAAACUCAAAUUUAAGAAAAAACGUGCUUGCAGAACGAUAGUCACUAUAUGACUAAUAAUCAGUUGAUGGUUAGCGUCGUGUCACAAACUCACCAAGUUUUACGGUACAUAUAAAACUGACAAGUUGCUGCCAGUUUUACAGUCCAGAUUGGAAGUAUCUCGCAUUUCGUCCACAAAUCAGUUAUAAUAAGGAAUCUUGCACUUCUGGUUUUGUAUAUUAUAUUCUAAGCACCAAAAUUGAGUAUAGCGAGUAUACCUUAGAUUUAUGAAGUGAAUAGUGCAAUUAAGAUAAACACCAAAAUGUGGGCGGUCUUAACACUGUAACACUUUUUCUUCCUUUCCGGAAUUCAAAAAUCAGUUUACAAUGUUUAAAAUUUGCCAAAACUAAACGAUUUACAUUGAGUUUACAAAGCAAAUUUUAUUCGAAAUGGAGUUUGAUGCCACUGAUGUGAUUUGUCACCAUACAUCACAUGACAAUAAUGUAUAUAGAAAUAGGUAUUGCAAGGACAGCCGGAAUCAUUGUGCUCGCGUAGAGUCCAAACGCUGUCAGUUAAGAAACGUUUAAACUACCAUAUUAUUCGAACCAGCCGUACAGGUUGUAUAUAUCAGGGGUGGCCAACAGGUCGAUCGCGUGUGUUAGUUCAGUCGAUCGUGGCAAGGCAAAAAAUAUAAAUGCGUAGACCAGACUGCUCCACGUAAUCACCUACUGCUGGACGCAUCAUCUUGUGUAAUUUUUCAAUUGCUGUUCCGUCACGGUAUUUAGAAAACGAAAUUCUUACUCUGCGCUGCGACAUAUUUCUUAAAGCAAGGUCAUCCUCAGGACAAGAUUUCUGGGUAUUGGUUUCUAACGAAAAGUAUCCAAAUUUGAAGAAAUGUGUUGAUCAACUUCAUUCGUGUUUUGGUUCAACAUAUUUAUGUGAGUCGCCAUUUUCCUACUUAAAGCAAACAAAAAGUAAACACCGUUCUCGCUUGACAGACGCUCAUACAUUGGAUUCUUUAAGGCUGGCAAUCUCCAACUACAAACCUGAUUAUGCUAAACUAGUGGAAGAUACUCAGGCGCAAUGCUCACACUAAUAUAAUAUGUAAAUAAGUAGUUAGUAUGUAUAAUUUUCACAUUUCUGUUUUUUCUCUUAAUAAAAUAAAAAAAUGCUACAUGAUUGUGUACUGAACCAUGCUGUUUAACAUUUCUAGAAGUAGGUAUGUAAUUGGUAGAUCGCACAGGGUCUCGUUAGUGAUCAAGAGAUAUUGGGUCCAAUCAAGUUGGCCACCCCUGGUAUAUAUAUGUUCAUUUGACAUGUUUAACUUGAAGUCACCCCAGCAACACACUCCCAAGUUAUGGUAGUAAUGUCGUGGGACACCCUGUAUGUACUUAGUUAUUCAUUGUAAACGUUACCCCCCCCCCCCCCCAUAGUCUUUUUAUUGUACAUUUUAGACAAAAAGUGAAAUGGAAAAGUUAUAAGGUUUAAUGUGUAUACUUAACAUUACAUGUGUAUUUAUAUAAAGGGUGUGCCGAAAAUGCAUGAUACGUCAAUGUUAUAUAUUGUUAAAUUGGAAGCUCUGAUCUGCUGAAGUUUGGUAAAUUUAAAAGGGUGGAAUUUAUAUAUUUUUCUAAAGUUGGUAUGUAUUUAUGAAAUUGGUAUUAAAGGUCCUUUCGUUCAAUGAAAUAAUAUACAGCGCGUCCGAUUUAAAAAAGUAAAACUUUGAUUUGAAACAUUAUGAUUUUUAUACAUUUAAACCAUACAACUUUUUUUUUUAAUUAGUUGGUGGGGGGGUGGGAGGUAACAUAAUGGUCCCUUGUACAGGAUGUUGCGAAAUUAUUGCAGCAAAAACUAUUUUUUUUUUAUUAUAAUACCGGGUAUGAAUGAAAUAUAGUUUUUGAAAUCUUCAUUCAAUUUUAAACAAAUUUGAUCUCUCGAUUUUUUUCCGAACCAUCCAAUUUUUUAAUAAAAAAAAGUUAGAAAACAAAAAUAUAAUAAAAUCCUUUGUAUUUUGCAUUUUGCAUCGUCUAAUAGUUAUAGAGCUUCACACACACCACAUUGAUAAAUUAAACCACAGAACAGGUUAAAAAUAAAAAAACGGAUCAAAAUGGUUAGGAAAGUCACUAAAAAUCGGUUCGAUUUCGCUGUGACUGCCAUAACUUGGUGUUUGAAAAUUGUCGGCCAGAACGUUGUCAGGUUUUUAAAACUUUGUACGCAGAAUAUGUGGAAUUUCAGUCCCAACGUUUCAUUUUCCCCAAACCAUCACCAACUUUGUUUUUUUCUAAAAAAAGCCCGAAGCGACUCCCUACAGUGAAUAAUAAUAAGUAUUAUUACCUUUAUUGUUUAGCAAAAAUACUGGUAAAAGCACAUAAUGCACCUCAUAUUCACUCUAACAAAAAUGUAUGGUUAAUUAAUGUGGUAAACUAAACGACUAAGACAGAAAAUCAUUACAGAAAUUAUUAAAUAAUUCUAUCAACUGAUUACGAGGAGCUUCAAUUAAAAAAAUGGUUUUUGAGGUUCCUAGCUGAAACACGGGCCUUAGAGGGAACAUGAAAAUUCAGUUCGCUCAGCAUUACGGUCCAGUGAUGAGCCACAUAGUUUAUGUAAGAACUGAAAUGAUUAACAGUGAGGGAACUUGAAACAUUUGUAAUAACUCAUACUUGUCAAACAGUGAUUGUUAUAUAUUUUAACUAUAGUCCAUUUUCGUGGUGUAAUCAUUUCUCACUGUGAAACGUGCAUAAUUGGGUAUUUUAGAGUAUGGAGUAGAAAAAGACACUUUUAGAUGCAAUAUGUAUUGUGUCUAAUCAAUUCAAUAAUUGGACUUGAGUUCUGAGUCUGAAGGCAAAUGACACAUUAAAUUAAAAUAGCAAAUCCUAUACAAGUCAAUACUAACUAUUCACGAUUUGAGAAACUCUCGUAAGCUUUCUUUACACGCACAUAUCACAGUUGCAAGAUAUGUGACAAAGCUAAACCCAAUCAUCGCGUCAUUCGUAUUUGAACGCAUGACAAUAUGGUCUGCCGGUCUAAUUGGAUGUAUAACAGCUUUUAUAAAUGGUAGUGUGGGAUAUAUCUCGUGCCCAGAUUGGAAGAUUUCCUGUUGAUAUUGAAAUGGCAAGUAUGACAAAUGACAAACUUACGACAAUGAUGAAUAAUAUGAUCAACUUAAAACCUGUAUUAUCAACGCAGGUUCCAAAAUUAUAGCAUCGCUUCUAACCAUAAGUGAUUAAAAAAAAAAACAAAGUUGAUAGUGAUUUCAACCAACAGACACUUAAAGAAAUUUACUAUUCCACUUUGGGAGGUGGACUACUUUUGGAAUUUUAGAUUUCUCUAGCGUUCUUGCCAAUUUUAGAAAUAAUAAAAUUAAAAAAUUAUUUAUUUAUUAGUGAUUUUGUACUGCGUCACAACUUAUUUUCUUUACUAAUGCGUCUUAAAAAGUGGGCGGUGCUUCAUGACCCAGCGCAGCAUCGUUUAACUUACAGCGUUUCAUGCUUCGCAUAAGUGCCUUAAUAGGUUGAUUUAUUUUUGUAAUGAUAAGGGUGCCAAGAUCGGGAUUUCAUUUGAUUUUUUAGGUCUAUCAUUGUUUGAGAAAAAUUUUAAUGUUUUUUUUUUACUUAUAACCUUUGUACAAACGUUGUCUAACGCAUGUUAUGCUUUAUUCCAUUGUCUAAAAAAUAUUUUUAUAUACUAUGUAUUUUUGAAAUUUUACUUUUACGUUUAACACAAUAUUUUAUUGUUAUUGUAAUUGUAUGUAAUUUUAAUGUGAAUUUUAUUUUUAAAUAAAUGCUGUUACGAUUA